UUAUUCUCCAGCUCUGACUCUGACUGUAAUCCUGAAACCAUUGGCCAGAUCAAGCCCGUCCUCCGCAGCUCGCACUGUUGCUCCCGCGACAAAAACAACGACUUGACAUGACAGCAGCACGGUAACAACAUAAAAAAGGACCUGUGCUGACACUUAAACGUAAAAAUAUAGCAAACCAGACCCAAAAAAUGGGUUUUAUUUCACAUUUGCUCUGUAUCAACGGCGGCAGCCUCGCACGAGGUCUGCCCUGAGCGGCUUCAGGCUAAAGCUAGCUAGCGACACAUACAUCCAGAUCGUUUCUAAAGCACGGGGUUUAUUUCCAGCACUCUGUUAUUCUAGAUUUUGUUGCUAUUUUUGCUGUCACGUUUUUCCAAACGCGUAAGUAUGGCUGGAGCGGAAGACGCGGCUGAAGGGAGCGGCUGUGCGGGGAAGCUGCGCUCGCGCGUCGGCCUCCGGAGCGGCUCGUGCUCCGGCGAGAGUCAAGAGCAGCUCCGCGCCGUGAAAGCAACGCUGCUGGAGCGGCUGGGACCCCACGAGCGCCUGCUCACCUAUCUGCAGUCUGUAUUAUUGUGGGAGAGACCCUUCCACAGCGUCCUACUGUACACGGCCGCCAAUGUCAUGUUCUGGUUUUUUGCUCUGAGCUCUUUGAGGUUGCUUUUUCUGCUGGCAUCAGGUCUGGCUCUGGCUGUUUGUGUCGACACUUGGAGGAAUAAGAUCUGGCCUAAGAUCAGAGUUAAAAAGCAAGAUGAGCGUGAGAAUGAAAGCUGGGGUCUAAUGCAGCCUGGGACUUUGAGUGUGCCUGAAUUAUGCCACCACCUGGCUGAAGUUUGGGUUACGGGCUCUUCCUGUGCAACAGAUAUUGUGCAGUUCAAACGGAAAAAUCCAGGCAAGUUUUGUAUGCUGGUUUGUGGCCUGUUCACCUCAGUGGCCAUGGUGGGGCGCUACAUCCCUGGACUGGUGCUGUCAUACAUGGCUUUGCUGGGUGUGUUGCUGUGCCCAUUGGCGCUGUAUUAUCGACUGUGGCAGCGUGCAUGUGUGAAGCUGGAGCCGGCCCUGCAGUGGCUGGACUUCAGCACCAAAGGAUAUAUGAUGUCAAAGCCUAUAGACAACCAGUUUCUUCGUAAGCCCAUCAGAAGCGGGAUCUCGGAUGACGUAAGUGACAGCGAAGAAGAACUGGCUGCAUUCUGCCCAAUGUUUGAUGAAGCAGCAGUUGCUAAGGAACUGGCAAUGACUGACUCCGAGCACUCGGAUGCUGAGGUGUCGUACAUGGAUAACGGCACCUUUAACCUCUCCAGGGGUCAAACACCCCUCACAGAGGGCUCAGAGGAUCUUGACAGACACAGUGAUCCAGAAGAAUCAUUUGCCUGUGGGCUUCCAGACUUCCCCUCCAUCAACCCAGAUGCCACCCUGAUGGAGGACGAUGAUGAUGCCAGCAUCGGGCUGCCCAGUCUCAACUCAGCUGCGCUCUCUGGCCCUCGCGGCUCUACCUCCGCCCUGCUGGACCUGGACACCCAGAUGGACUCUGAUCAGGAAGAUUUCAACCCUGAGAUCUCCCUCGGCUCCCUAAAUACUACCUCUGACCUCACUAGUAACCUGGCAGGGGUCAUCGCCAGCAACAUGAUCCAGGCGGCCAUCGCAGGAGCCAUGCAGCCCCGCCCACCGCAAGGCCCUCGGAGAGAGAGGGGCCCACGGGCAGGAGCCGCUCCGAGGGCAUACAGGAAGCAGUCGAGCUCGGAGUUAGACACAGACCUGGAGUUUGAUGGCGAGGACUUUGAGAUGUUGGAUCAGUCCGAGCUGAACCAGUUGGAUCCCUUUGGAGGGGGGCAGGGGGGCCAAAACAGAACCCAGGGAUCCAAUUUCCUGUCCGACUUGCUGGGGAAGCCACAGUGAGCCCAUCUUACAGAUACUCCCUCCGUCUGUCUGCUCCUCGUGUCCCUUGCACCUUGAUCCGAGUAGAAGUUUGCAGUGUUGGUUUGAAUGUCUACUGAGAUGCUUUCGAUUUAUCUGAGUAAGUGCGACGGAGAGAGAGGGUGUUUUGUUUUGCACUGUUAAUGUAAUAUUAGAUUCACUUGCCAGGUUUCCUCCACUGGCUGCAGUUGAUAUCACUGUGAAGUAAUCUUGUUUGUAGUCUGAAUCUUCUCUGUUUAUGCUCUGUGAACUUCCGUGUCCUCUCUCAUUCGUGUGUGAAAGACUCCGAUUUACUUUGUAGGCUAAGCAAUAGGACACCAAUCAUAGAACCAUUUAAAAAGAUCCAAAAUCUCUAAAACUUCUUAGAAACCAGCAAAACAAAUACCAGAUCUUUUUACUACAUCCAAGUCUUAUAGAUCUUUCACAUCAGUCGCUGUAUUGUUUGUGUCUUCAAUAAUAACACAUGGGACCAAAUCAGACAUUCCAUCAUCAAUGCAAAGUCAAGACCCUUAGGUUAUACAUAUACGCCUGUAAUAAAGAAAUCUACAGUCAAGACAUUGCUGAGCAGAGGAGUCUGAUGAAGUAGCAGUGACAUAUUAAGGCCGCAGCCUCAUCUCUUGUUUUUUUUAAAGUGGUAGUUCACCCAAAAAUCGAAAUUCUGUUAUCGUUUACUCACGCUCAUGCCAUUUCUAAAGCUGUAUGACAUUCUUUCUUCUGUAGAACAUACAAGACGACAUUUUGAGAAAUGUCUCAGUGU